AUGGGCGGUUCUUCAUCCAAAAUAGCCCGUAAGCUACCCAAAGAAAAAUCGUCAUGGGCUGGCACUCGUACACCCUUGGAACAAGGUGGUGUUCAAGAAAUUCGACGUGCAAUGCCCUCGAGACCACUGGCAUUCGAAAAUAAGACGGACGCGGUUGAAGUGGAUGCCAAAGACCCCCAAUUUAUGUCAAAGCUGAGCCAGCUAGGCCCUGUACGCGUCGACCACCACAUGCAGUCCGUCCGACCAGCAGACUCCGUUCAGCAGAUGUAUCGUUCUCGCCUUCAGUCUGAAGUAGAGGCUUCGCCGUCACAUUCUACCAGAAAUCGCCUCGUGGCUGCAUCGCUAAGCGACUUACUCGAGUCCCGGAAAACAAUCAAGUCCCAAGCAGAACUUCAGGCCUUAGCAGAGCGGUAUCAUAUCGACGUUGCGAAACUGGCCGAGCUCGCGAGGUUCAUCAACGCACCCUCCGUCGACGAGAGUACGAUAGUAAAAAGCUCGAAUCAGGAUGGAGAAGAGACUCUGACGAUGAUGGUUCAUUGGGUCGAUCCGAAACUUGAAACCUGA